AAAAAGCCCAGCAGGACCAAAAGACCAAGCAAAACCAAAUCAACCUGCUGCAAAAAGAAAAAAGGGAAAACCAGGAAAAAAUAACUAACCUUAACCAGCAACUCACGGAAAAAACCUCCACCAUCAGCCAACAAUUAGCCCAAAUAAACGAAAAAGACACUAAAAUAACCCAGCAAAAAUCAGUCCUGGAACAAUUACUUAAUGCUCGAGAAGAGAGAUUAAAUGAAUUGGAGGGAGAAGAAUAA